AUACACACAAACCUUGCUUGUCCUAAGUUUUGCUCUAUCCAGGUUGUGGCGUAUCCUGAACUACAUUUGGCUUCUGUCUGGCUAGUCUCUGGAUGGUACCAAUUAUUCAACUUAAGCAAGAAACAGAUCGACAAGAAAUUUAUCUGCUGGAACUUGCUAACAAGAUUGACAGUUGAUGAGUUAGGCUAUAAGCCCCAAAUGAAAUAAAUGUAGAGGCUAGAGAUCCACAGAUCUGACAGUUAAUCAUGCGCACCGAGGUUAUAAAGGCGGACACCAUUGGUGCAGCUGUUGAACGAAUUCUUGAUGAACUCAAAAACACUAGAAGCAGAGAGAAUGCCAUCUACUUUGAUGGCUGGGACGGGCUGGGGGCAUCUUCUGUCCUGCGAGCCGUGGCUGAACGGUUGGAUCCAAAGGAACAAACAAGGCCCCCAGGACUGGAGUUUGAGCAAGUCAUCCACAUUGACUCCUCAAAGUGGGAGAGCAGAAGAGCGGUGCAGAGGGAAAUAGCAGAGCAGCUGAAGCUGUCCAGUUGGGUGAUGAAGUUGUUUGACAAGCAAGAUGAGGAUGAUGAUUUCAGCGGUAUGGAUCAAGGCUCUCGCACUGAGAUAGCAGAAGUCACGGAUGAGAUCCAUAGGAGCAUGCAGAGCCGCAGGUUUCUUCUGGUUCUUCACAACGGAAGCAGCGAGGAGAUUGACACAUUUAACCUCGGUCUUUCCCUAUAUGGAUACUUGAGUAGCAAGAUGCUUUGGACCUUCCAAGGGAGGUUUCGGCUCGACCCCAAGCUGCGAGACAAGGUUGUGGCAAAGAACACAACUGAUGUUCUUCUCUCAGCUUCACGCUAUAAGCGAGACCCACGAGAUCUCUGGUCCUAUCUACUUCUUGAAGAAGCUAAGGACGUCUCCUGCAAGCAUGGCCUGGAUCCUGCAACUGUUGCUGAGUGCUACUCGUACAUGUUGGAACGGAGUUACAUGAGCCAAAAUAUCAUUGACUAUGAGUGGACUCUCCAUGCUCCCAACUUCUGGAUAUGUGAUGGGAUCAUACAUCAGGCACAUGGCAUUCACCAAGCGCGGCAGGUGGGGAAUGCUCUGCAUCUAGAAAUGGAAGUAUGUAUUAACAAGUUGUCUCGACACACAAGCAAGGAAGAGAAUCUUCAUAAUUCUCACAUGACAAGGUCUGCCAGCCACAGACCAUACUGGAUUUCAACAGAAACUUGUGGAUUUGUACUAAAUCCAGGCUGGCUUGUCCGUAACAAUAUGUUUCAGAAUCCAGACCAGAUCAGUGUGCUGAAACUGUCACAGUGUGCCUUCAGUUUCUCAUCGCCCCCAUUUCUCUGCUGCCGCCGCCUUCGAUUUCUGUGGCUUGACCGUUGCCAGGACCUGCAAAGAAGCAUAGAUUCACAAGAAGAGAAGGACGCUACCGGGUCAUGGGCAUGCUUCCAGAGCUUGUGGAUGCUUGACCUGCGCUACAUGGACUGGUCUUGGAUCUUGUCUGCAGAUAUGAUGGAUCUCAUGACCCAGGUCAUAGAGCUAAGCAUAAUGGGAGCCAAGGACUGGGACAUGAGCCAUCUACGAGGACGGCUGCGUAACAUUCGCAAACUCCGGAUAACAAAGUCUACCUGCCGCAAUUAUGACAGCAGCUUGUUAUCCGAGAUGGAGCAGAUGGAGAUUCUUGAAUUUUCUGAAAAUGACAUUACGUCAAGCGGCACGUCAAGCUUGUCUCUUUGUAGGACUACGGGAAGUGGCAGUGGGCUUCAGACUGUCAUUGUUGAUGGAUCCGUUGGGCUAAAAAAGAUCUCACUACGGGGUUGUGAUCAGCUGAAGAAUGUCUUGUUGAGAGGACUGUUGAAGAGCUUGGAGGAGUUGGACCUGUCGGGUACAAAUCUGCAGACAAUUGACCUCAGUGCAAUUGACCUCAGUGCAAUGCGUAGCCUGAAACUCACGCGGCUCCUUCUGUCAGGCUGCCAGAAACUCCGUACAAUACUGUGGCCACCAGAACUCUACGGAGAACAGGUGGAUGUGCUGCGUAUUGACACCACCUCCCGAUCAGCAUCAGAUAGCGGAGGUGGAGAAAACAUAGAUCAUGCACUAUACGAGGGGGAAGUAGCACAUACUCAUCCACAUGGCCAUGGAUCCCUUAAAGAGCAGAAAGGAAGACUGUUUAACAAAUGGCGGAUUUCUCUUACCGAUGCAAGGUUCCUUAGGUCGCUUUUGCCCGUGAUGUAUGCUUUUAGUAUAAACAACUACCCUUGGCCUAUUACUCAUGGAUCUGUACAUGUUGAUAUCUGUUCUCUGGGUGGUAGGAUCAUCCACGGAACCAGCAGCAGCAGCGAACAAGUGCAAACCAAACCGCAUAUAAGAACUUUGGUGGACUCGAAGUACAGAGAUGCCUUUGAGAAGGCCGGCCUGGCUAAUAGUUACGAUGAUUGUGGUAAUGGCCCAACCCCAUCUGCAGUGAUGAUGAUGUGGGAUUGCCCCAAGAUAGACAUACCCACUGCCUACCGGACCUGCAUGAUAGAGAUGUUGGUGGACGGACAGUGCCAUGAACUCAUGGAGGAUGCUCAAAUUUCUAGUAAUAGCGGUUUAUCAUCUCCCCAUUUUCCUGAUCCUAUAUAUUUGUAUGUUACAUCGUUGCACGUGUAUGAUUGCUCCACCGUCACCAGUAUCUCUGCACCUGAGAGAGAUAAAACAUGGCCAAGGCUAAGAUGGUGCCGAGUCGAGAGGUGCCCCAAGAUACACACGGUCUUCCACACUCCCAGGGGCAGUGAGAGAUUGCACCUAUUUAAGCUUCUGCGUACAUUCUGGGCAUCCCAGCUCCUAAUGGCACACUACAUCUCGAACUGGCCUGCUAGUGUGAGAUAUCGUCCUCAUUAUGACUUCUUUGGUCCUCAUUAUGACUUCUUUAAUGACCUGGAGUUGUUGCAUCUGGACUACUGCCCAAGGCUCAUACAUGUGCUCCCCAUACAAGUGUUUCCAGAAAGAAGGUACAUCUUGGGUCACCUGGGGACAAUUGAGAUCCUGUGCUGUGGGGAUCUCAGGGAGAUAUUCCCGUUGCACUUCUACAAUGAGAUUGAGAACCAAAAAGAGGAGGCAAUAGUAUUCCCUGUGUUGAAGCACAUCCGUCUCCACGAACUACCCAAGCUGCAGCACAUCUGCAUGCUCAACAUGAAUGCCCCCAUGCUCGAAACCGUCAAGAUCAGGGGCUGCUGGAGCCUCAAGCGCCUGCCGGCUGUUGGUGACAACACCAAGCCCCCGCAGGUGGACUGCGAGAAGGAUUGGUGGGACGGCCUAGAGUGGGAUGGGUUGGAGGCCAAGCACCACCCUUCCCUGUACGAGCCGGUCCACUCGGCCUACUACAAGAAGAAGCUGCCCAGAGUCUCUCUGCUGAGGUAGUUCCUCCAAGUGCAGGUCAGGCAAGAGAGAAGGAUGACUCUGCUUUCUUCAUCAAUGUUGUUCCAGUGUGUUGUCGUCUUCCUGAGAGACCUGAUUCCUGAUUGAUUUGUGUGUGCCCACUGCCCAGUGACAUUACAUACUACCUGCUGGUUGCUUGCUUGUGUGUUAAGUGCAUCGUGUCAUCUCCGCUGCCAUUGUGGUUGUGAGUUUCAAUUCAGUUUGAUUUGGUUUUCAUGGAUCAUCUACCUUGCCAGGUAGAUGAUACAUAUUGUGUGUGCGCAUGAGAUAGAGGAAUAAUUAAACAGCGGCGUUGGGCUACCUUCUGCCUGAGAUGAGCAAGUUGCUGCUCUGCUCUUCUGUUUAUUUGUGUGAGUGCUUGUGCUUGUCACCUGUGAACUAUGGACCAAUGUAUUUGUUCUCCAGUAUACUUAUUUAAUGUGUGUGGUUUGCUUUGUAA